GGGCUGUGAAGAAACGAUCAGCAUCCGCCAACGCGGAAUGAGCGGUUAGCUUCCUCAGCCGAGACGGGUUAGACUUCAACACAGUUAAUAAUGACAACUUACAGCAUUUGACUAUCAAAGAGACUAUCUAAAAGAGCAAAUAUUACUAGCUAAGGGGUUUAAUCAUCUGUAUUGCCGACGCGAGCCUUUCAUUUUCACCCUGCGGUGGUUCGAGUUAGCAUUAGCAGCUAACAAACCUCUAAAGCAAAGCGUGUAUUUCUCUCCACGAAUUUAAGUGCAUUUUUGGAAACUAUAUAUGCUGGUGUAACAUUUUAAAACAUCUGCAUUUUUAUAGUCCGUCCCUUGAAAUUGCGUGUGACAAAGAGAGCGCUAUUUAAAAGCGAAAGAGCGUGUUAACUGAAGUUUCAGAGUCUGGGUUAGAUCAAAACACCAGGAUGUCUGAUUUUGAUGAAUUCGAGAGACAGCUAUCUGAAAACAAACAAGGUGACAGUCUAAACGGUCAUGAGCGGGACAAAGAGAACCGGCACCGGCGCCGCAGCCCUUCACGCAGCCGCAGUCGAGAGAGGAAGAGGAGGAGCAGAGAGAGAAGAAGCAGGGAACGCCGCAGCGACAGCAAGGACCGCCGCCAUAGACGCAGUGAUCAAAUUCAGAACCAUCCCCAAGAAAACGUCAGCCGUUCACCUCAACGGGAGAAAAAGAAGAAAAUUAAGAAGUACUGGGAUGUACCGCCUCCUGGCUUUGAGCAUAUUACACCCAUGCAGUACAAGGCAAUGCAAGCUGCUGGUCAGAUCCCUGCCACCGCUUUGCUGCCCACCAUGACGCCAGACGGCCUGGCAGUAACGCCGACCCCGGUGCCCGUAGUGGGCAGUCAGAUGACUCGCCAGGCCCGCAGACUUUACGUUGGCAAUAUCCCAUUUGGCAUCACAGAGGAAUCCAUGAUGGACUUCUUCAAUGCCCAGAUGAGACUCGGCGGUCUGACUCAGGCCCCAGGAAACCCUGUUCUUGCCGUCCAGAUUAACCAGGACAAGAACUUUGCUUUCCUUGAGUUCCGGUCAGUGGAUGAGACCACACAGGCCAUGGCGUUUGAUGGCAUCAUCUUCCAGGGGCAGAGUUUAAAGAUUCGCCGGCCACAUGAUUAUCAGCCAUUACCUGGCAUGAGCGAGAACCCCAGCGUAUAUGUGCCGGGUGUGGUGUCCACUGUUGUACCAGACUCUAUUCACAAGCUUUUCAUUGGAGGUUUGCCCAACUAUCUCAAUGACGACCAGGACAGAUUGUUUGAACACCAGGUUAAAGAGUUGUUAACCUCUUUUGGACCUCUCAAAGCCUUCAAUUUGGUUAAGGACAGCGCUACCGGCCUCUCAAAGGGCUAUGCUUUCUGUGAAUAUGUGGAUGUUAACAUCAAUGAUCAGGCUAUUGCAGGAUUGAAUGGUAUGCAGUUAGCAGAUAAGAAGCUGCUGGUUCAGAGGGCAAGUGUAGGGGCCAAGAAUGCCACAAUGACGAGUAUAAAUGAGACUCCGGUGACGUUGCAAGUACCGGGGAUGAUGGCAAACUCCAUGAUGCAGAUGGGCGGCAUCCCUACCGAGGUCCUGUGCCUGAUGAACAUGGUGGCUCCAGAGGAGCUCCUGGACGACGAGGAGUACGAGGAGAUAGUGGAGGACGUCAAGGAGGAGUGCUCCAAAUAUGGCCAGGUCAAGAGCAUAGAGAUUCCUCGGCCUGUUGAUGGCCUUGAUAUCCCUGGAACCGGCAAGAUCUUUGUGGAGUUCACAUCUGUCUACGACUCCCAGAAAGCCAUGCAGGGCUUAACGGGGAGAAAGUUCGCCAACAGAGUGGUGGUGACCAAGUACUGCGAUCCAGAUGCCUACCACCGCCGGGACUUCUGGUAGAGGAAGAGAGCGAGGAGAAAUGGGAUGGAGUCCAGCUUUGUGAUAACAACUCGUAUAAAAAGAGAGAGAAAUUGAGGCAGAGAUGACGGGGGAACAUUUUUUUUUUGUUUAUGCUUAAAAAAGCCAAAAGGUGAAUGUUGUGUUUUUUGUUUUUUUUGAGGCUUAAAUUAAAAGAUGAUUUGUGAGCAAUUAUGGGAGGGUUUCUGCUUUUGUUUGUAUUUUAAGAUUAUUAGCGGGAGAUAUUCUGUUAUACUGAUUAUACUUAUUCUGUUAAUAAAAUUGUUACUAUUUUUUAAUUGUACACUGAAACAAAUGAUGUAAAAUCGUGAUUGUUGACCAUCAGAGAAGAUGAAAGAACUAUUGAUACCCAACCAAAUGCGGAGAUUUGCUCAUAAUUGCUGGGUAAUUCAAAUGAAGACGUCAUCUUUCGGUCCCUUACCUUGUUUUUAUCUCUUUUUAUUCCUCGUUUGAAUUGUAUCCCUUCUCAGAAGUCACUUGUCUUCUCUGUUGGCCAGCUCACCACAUCUCCCUCCCAUUUUGUAGCUUUUUGCAGUUCAUAUCUCCAGGUAUUAGAUCUUGUUUUUGUCUGUUUUGUUCUUACACUUACUGGGUCUCUUCCAUACAUAUCACCAAACGAUUAGAUGGUGAUGACAUUUGUCCAAUGUGGCACCUUUUCUGUUUCUGUACGUGUGAUGUCUUUUUUUUUCUCUCAGUAUAAUAGGCCACUUUUGAUAAUAAAACUCUUGGAAGUAUGA